CUGCCUCGUCUUUUCCUUCUCAUUUCCUUCGGAUCUGAGCUCCUGCUUACCUGGGUUUUCUUUGGUUUGCUUUUUUCUAUUUUCCUCUUUUUAAAUUGAUGGUUGUUUUUCUUUUAAUUAGAGUUUUUAUGGAUGUGGGUUUUGUGAGAACGACGUGAUUUGGGGUUGUGGGUUUGAUUUAGAGAUUCUUGAUUGUAAAUGUCAAGUGGUUUUUCCGUCUGAGGCGUUGUUGUAAUUGCUUCGUGAAAGCGAAAAAGGAUCUGGAUUUAGCUCCUUGGAGAUAAUAACAUAAUUAAAAUUAGGUGGGAGGUCAAUUCUUGAGUUGGUGAAUUAGAUUAAUGCCCUUCAGAUCACUGGUAAUGCUGCUGACACAUCCAUGUUUUUGGGGCAUGAUCUGCUGUUGGGAAUGGGGAUCUGCUGUUGGGAAUGGGGCAUGAUCUGCUGUUGGUAAUUCUUGAGUUGAUGAAUUAGAUUGAUGUCAAGCCUAUGUCAUUUUCUACAUGCAAUACUCCUUCAAAGAUUCCCUUUUGUAGAUAUGUUGUCUGAAGAAGGUUGGUACAUAUUAUACAAUGGUUCUUGACACCAUUUUGUCUUCUCCUGUUCGGAAGUCAGCAUCAUUUAGAAAGCAAUUCUCACAAAAUGAGUUGGGUAGCUGGUCGACGCUCUUUCAGAGACACCGCUUCCUCUUAACAGCCCUAGCACUCCUGACAUUCCUCUGCACCAUUUACCUCUACUUUGCUGUCACAUUAGGAGGCAGUCCAUCAUGUUCUGGGUUGAGCGGAACUCAAAAAGCGUUGUGUAGCUUGGAGCAUGCAAAGACUUCAGUUGCCCAUGGAAAAUUGAAAAUUCUUUAGCAUGUAGAUCGAUAAUCCUUUCGCGAAGUUAUUUAUUUAUAUUUUUUUACUUGUUCCGUUCAUUAGAGUAUUGAAAAUUGAAAUCACAGUUAAGUGAUUGUGGUUCAUUUUAUUCAGUUGGUGAACUAAUAUUGAUUGGGUCAAAUAUACAUAAUAUUUGUAGUAUGGAAACACUACGGUUUUACUAUAAUGAUUAUUUUGAUUGAAAGAAAA